AUGCCCUUCUAUUCUGGGGGGGGGUUUAUGAUUAUUAAUCAAACACCAUUAUUAGCUACUAAAUCAUGUUGUGUAUCGGCUGCACUUAAUUGCAUAGGAAAUUGUUCAACAAAUGGUGGUUAUAAGGCUGUACCAAUAAAUGAACCAUGUUCUGAUUAUAGUACUGUGUUAGACUCAACAAUCGGUCAGCGUUCUGAUACUGUAAACCUGACAGCACCAGCACAUUUUACCGUUGCUUUUGAUUCGGGAGUAGGUUUAUGGCGUAAUUUAUCAGUUAGUGGUCCUAGUGCAACUUAG